GGUUGGGCUCUUCCUUCAUAAAUACCUCCACAAUAUCCUUCUAUUAUCACACAACUUACUUUUUAGCAUCCCUUUCUCUCAAAGGAAAGAAGUGUUUCAGCUUUCAAUUUCAUUUACUUCCUUCAACUUUUCAAACAAACAAAAUGGCCAUAAAAAAAUCAAACAAGAUGCCACAAUCUGCCGUUUUGAAGCAAAUCUUGAAAAGGUGUUCGAGUUUGGGAAAGAAAAAUAACUACAACGACGACGACGACGAAAAUGGCCUUCCAAUUGACGUGCCCAAAGGUCAUUUUGCUGUUUACGUAGGAGAAAAUCGAACACGAUACAUAAUACCAAUUUCUUUCUUGAGUUACCCACAAUUUCAGUGUCUUCUCCAUCGUGCUGAAGAAGAAUUUGGCUUUGAUCAUGAUAUGGGCAUUACCAUUCCAUGUGAAGAAAUCGUUUUCCAAUCCUUAAUUUCGUCCAUGUUGCGGUAGAAAAAUGAAUGAGAAGGGUGAUUAGUGUAGUUUUAGGUGAUAAUUAAAGUUUUCAGUGAAGAGAGAUGUGCUCUAGAUGAAGCAAAUUAAAUAUUGCUUCUCUUUUUUCAACAAUCUCUCUUCAUUGUAUUGUUAUUACUAUUAUUUUUUUUUUUCUUAUGGUUUUGUUGACAUUCUCUAACGUCGACCCAACAAGCACAUGAAGUUGUUUGCUUUUGUAUGGGUCAGAUUUGUAAAAAAGAAAAGCUUUGUAAUUUUUCCUCGCAGAGGUGUACUUUUGUAACACCCUGUGAGAGAAGUUAAUAUAAUAUUCCUCCUUUAUUCA